AUGUGCAAGCACGGACGUUCUUGCAUAUCUUGGGCAUUCGAUAAACAUAGAGAGCGACCGGAAGAAGAACUAAACAAGAACGAAGAGGCCGCUUUCGUGCCCUCAGAGGAAGCCACAGACCACCUGACGGACCUAGAGCCCCGAGCCCACCUUUCGAUUCGACCGUUCUCUCAGUGCUCUGUUACGAGCAGAGACGUGGACUGA